AUGCGCCUCGAUAAUUCCGAUGAAGACAAUUUCGCUGAAUUGAUCUACAUCAGCAGCGACGACGAGUUGGACACCGAAAAAGACGCCAUAGAAUCCGACGAUGAAGCCGAAUUCGACAGCAACAAUGCCGCGGCCGGUCUCUUGGACGAUCUCGAAACCGUUCCGCCGCCAGAGCUGUCUUACUCCGUCUUGACAGAAUCCGACAUCCGCCGCCGCAUCGACGACGACAUCAACCAGCUCUCCGCCGUUCUCUGCCUGCCGAAAUCCGAUACAACCCUAAUUCUCCGCCAUUUCGAUUGGGACGCGAGCAAGGUCGAGGACUCGUGGUUCGCCGAUGAAUCCGAAAUCCGCCGGCAAGUCGGCCUCCCGGUAGCAACUCAACAGGUAACAUCUCUUCGACCCGAUCAUCGCACUCUCACCUGCAGUAUCUGUUUCGAAUCGCACCGCUUAUCGUCCUUCAGCUCCGCCCCAUGCGGCCACCAAUUCUGCCGCUGGUGCUGGCGGAAUUACAUCGCGGCGAGCGUCAACGACGGGCCCAGCUCCCUGAAAUUGAAAUGCCCUGAACCUUCCUGCAAAGUUCUCGCAGGCGACGAUCUGAUCAACAAAAUCGCAGACGAAAAGGUGCGGACAAAGUAUUCCAAUUUCGCCCUUAGGUCUUUUGUAGAGAACAGCAGGAGAAGGAAGUGGUGCCCUGCUCCCAACUGCCAACACGCCGUGGAAUUCACGCCGUCGGGGGAUCUAAACUACGACGUUUCGUGCCUCUGCUCGCACAGUUUCUGCUGGAACUGCACCGAGGACAAGCACCGCCCUGUGGACUGCGAGACAGUGAAGAACUGGUCACUGAAGAACGCCUCCGAAUCUCAAAACGAGAUGUGGAAGAAAGUGAACACGAAACCAUGCCCGAAAUGCGGCAGGGCGAUCGAGAAGAACAAAGGCUGUAUGCACAUGACCUGUGCAGCUCCAUGCCGGCACCACUUCUGUUGGGUAUGCCUGGGGCCGUUGGGCGUCAGCCACACGUCCUGCAAUGGGUACAAUGAUGAUGGUAGCAAAGAUGGAUUGCAGUCACUGAGGGCAGAAGUGAAGAGGUACCAGCACUACUACGAACGGUGGGCGGAGAACGAGAAGUCGAGGCAGAUUGCGGUGAACGAUUUGAAGAAUGUGAGGACGAAUGUGGUUUCGGAGAUUGCAGGAGCCCUUGGUUUGAAUGUGAGCCAGCUAGAUUUCUUGAUUGAAGCUUGGGAGCAGAUUGUGGAGUGCAGGAGGGUCUUGAAGUGGACUUAUGCGUACGGGUAUUACUUGCCCGUUGGUGAAGCUGCGAAGAAGCAGUUCUUCGAGUACCUGCAAGGGCAGGCCGAGACUUGUUUGGAGAGGCUUCAUGAUUGUGCAGAGAAGGAAAUGAGGAAGUUUGUGCUUGAAGAAAGCUGCAUGCAUGAGUAUGUUGCCUUCCAGAAGAAGCUGAAUGAGCUGACGAAGUUGAGCAAGACGUACUUUGAGAAUUUGGUUCGAGCAUUGGAGAAUGGACUGUCUGAGGUUGAGGCCCCUAUUGAAGGGAAGAGACGGAAGAUGGAGAACUGUGAUAAGACCAGUAUGAAUAAGAAGAGACAGAGGAAGGUUGGAUGA